GAUGAAGACAACCACCAUCACCACCACGACGUAAACAAGAAUUAGGGACGCCAAACCAUUGCAAAUUUUUCACAUUUUUUCCUUUUUUUUUUGCUCCCUCGGACUUCCCUGGGCGUGUGAGGGGCUGAGCACAUUCUGAGGACACCGCGGCAACACCAGCAACACCAACCAUGGGGCGGCGCAGCAUCAAUACCACAAAAAGUGGGAAAUAUAUGAACCCCACGGAUCAGGCCAGGAAAGAGGCGAGGAAGAGGGAGCUGAAGAAAAACAAGAAACAGAGACAAAUGGUGCGAGCUGCUGUUCUGAAGGGCAAGGAUCCCUCUCAAAUUAUAUUGGAGAUGGAGAAGAUUGACAACAUGGAGUAUAAUGUGGACGUGCCCCCAGCGCUGAGUGAGAAGGUGCUGAAGGACAAGAGAAAGAAGCUCCGAGAGACGCUGGACCGGGUGCUGAAGCUGUACGAGCGAGAGAACCCGGAGUAUUGGGUGGAAAUCCGUCGAAUGGAAGGAGAUUAUGAGAAGAAACGACUAGCUCUGAUUGAAUACUUUGACAGUGUCCGCCACGCCCAAGCUGUCACUGUCGAUGAGAUCCCCCUGCCAAAUCUGGACAUGCCCCCUGCUGCCCCGGACGCUGAUGGCACCUCCGCCCCGCCACACGCCCCUGAAAGUGCCCCUGUUCUUGCUACAGCCCCGACAAGCACCCCUGUUCCAAAUGCUCACCUUGUUCCUUCACACAGUAUUCUGAAGAAAAUGUCAGCUUAUGCAGAGCCCCGGCGCCCCCCAGGCUGCCCCCCGACCCUGCCUCCCCCGCUGAGUGAUGGGGAAGAAGAUGAGGCUAUGGAGGCUGAUGGGGCAGCACCGGGGCAGGCUGAGAUCCGAGAGGACGAAGGAGAUGAACUACCUCGAAGUAGAACCAUUCGCUUUGAAGAUGGUGAUGAUGGCAUGGGUGGUGGGGAGGAUAAGGACCCGCGGGGUGGUGUCGGGGCCGUCGGAGCUGUCGGGGCAAGCACUAAGGGGCUAACGAGUCUUCAAACUAAGCUACUGCAGAUGUCGGGGCAAGAUAUUGACGAUUUUAUGCGAGAGACAGAGGUUUUGUUCCGAGAGAAGGCUGCGGAGAGGAGGGCUGAUCUGAGGGCCAGACUGGAUAAGCUUGAUGAUGAGCCCCCGUCUGCCCCGCAUCCAGCCCCACAUACAGCCCCGCCCCGGCCCCCUGGCCCACCUCUGCUGUCCAUGCCCCCGCCGAACCAGCCCCGCGGUCCACCUCUUGGCAUGCCCCCGUCCUCAGCCCCGUCCCAGCAGCCCCCUCCAGCUUCAGCCCCAUAUCUCCCCUCCGGUCCACCCCCCAGCACUGUGGUGGCCCCAGGGGUUGCCCCACCGACUGUGGGGCUAGGAGGGGUACCACCGGGUCCAGUAGUGGCCGGUCCGCCUUCAAACAUGGCCCUGGUGCCCCCCGGGGUGAGCCAGGUGCCCCAGCCUGGCCCCAUCCCAGUAAACCCACCCCCAACCAACCCCCUAGGCCAACCCCAAGUCCCACCGGUUGCCCCGCCUUCUGUGCCCCAGGUCGCGCCUCCUACUGGCCCCCCAAAUGCCCCGCCACUAAUGUUCCGGCCCCCUCCCCCAAUGCGGACCAACCUACCCCCUCCUCCGGGUGUGCGCCCCCCGCCAAACCCUCUCCCCCAGGGUAUGCCCCCAAGACUGCCAAAUAUGAGAAUGCCCCCUCCUAUGCCCCCAAGGCCACCAAUACGCCCCCAGGCAUCCCCCAGGAUUGCCCCACCUGGUCUGCCCCCACGAGGCCUUCCCCCCCUCCACAACCCCAACGUGCUGUCUGCGGGGCCCCAGCUCAUCGCUCGCCCCAGAGAGGAUGACAAGAAACACUCAGCCACCAUCGAAGCAAAGCCGCAGAUCAGGAAUUUGAAUGCGGACGUGACGCGUUUCCUCCCGACGGCACUGCGGGUCAAGAGGGAAGACAAGAAGAAGAGCGGGAAGACUCAGACAGAUGUGAAGGAGCUGCCUGGCGGAGGGAAGGCUGAAGAGACGGACAGGAAACCAACUAAAGAUGAUGCUUACUCACAGUUCAUGAGGGAAAUGGAGGGGCUAUUGUAGAGAGAGAGAGAGAGA